UUUAAUAGUUUGCUUUCUUCACUGAAUUAAGAAUCAACUUUAGAAUUUUCAGCAAUACCAAACGAAACAAACACAAAUUUUAAAAUCAUAAAAGCAAGUACAUUUUCUGCGACAGCAAGAUGACUUCGGGUAUUGAGGUGGCCAGCGAGUGCAAGGACAUCUUCGAGGACAUUCGCAAGAUGAAGCAACAUCGCUAUGUGAUCUUCGCCAUCAAAGAGGAGCGCGAAAUCAACAUUGAAAUUAUUGGCGCACGCGAUGCUGAAUAUGAUGAUUUUCUUGAAGAUUUGCGCAAGAUCGGACCCGAGGAAUGUCGCUAUGCGGUCUACGAUUAUGCCUAUCAACAUCAGUGCCAGGGCGCCUCAUCCACGUGCCUCAAGGAGAAGCUCUUCCUGAUGCUGUGGUGUCCGAUGCAGGCAAAGAUCAAGAAUAAAAUGCUUUACUCCAGCUCGUUUGCUGCUCUCAAAAAGGAGUUUAAUGGUGUCCAGAAGUACAUACAAGCUACCGAAUUCGAUGAAGCGUGUUGCGAAUGCAUCGAGGAGCAGCUGCGUGUCCUUGAUCGUGACUGAGACACACACACACACACAUACGACCCCUUAGAAAUGGACAUUCAAAUUGUUGAGUAAUUAUGCUUAAUAUCUUUUCGGUUACAUAAGAGCUCAUUGUUUCAGUUCUACAUAAAGUUGAGCAAGCAACAAAAUAACAAAGCACUUUCAAUGUA